AUGCCUCAAAGACCCAACCGUGGAAACAACGCAACACUAACCCCGCCAGAAAUAAACUCGGUUGCAUUCCAAGCAGCAAUGUCCGUUGCGGUCACUGCAACACUUGUACAAAUCCGCAAUGGAAACAACGAAGAAGGCAGCGGGCAAAGAGCCGGAAGCACAAAUCAAGGGACAAACCACAAAGCCACACGACCAUGCACCUACAAGGAUUUCACCAACGCCAAACCUCGGACCUUUAAUGGGACAGGAGGCGUCAUAGCCCUGAAGAGAUGGAUUGAGAAAGUAGAGUAUGUUUUCGAAAUCUGCGGAUGUCCGGAUGAGUGUAAGGUCAAGUUCGCAGCCUGCACAUUCAUUGACCAAGCUCUCUCCUGGUGGAAUGGCCACGUAGAGGCCAUGACACUCCCGGUGGUGAACGCGAUGCCCUGGGAAGAGCUUAAUGAGAUGAUGUUGGCAGAAUACUUUCCUAGAGGUGAGAUUCACAAGAUGGAACAAGAGUUGUGGAACCUCAUGGUCCAAAACUCCAAUAUCGAUGCAUACAUAUCCCAGUUUAGUGAUCUAUCUCUUUUGUGUCCCGGAAUGAUCACCUCAGAAGAGAAAAAGAUUGAAAGGUUUAUCUGGGGACUGAAUGAACCUAUCCAAGGGAAUGUCAUUGCGACAAACCCUAAGACUUUCGAUAGUGCCAAGAGACUGGCCAAGAAAUGGUACGAUCAUGGCAAUAAGAAGGGUGCCAAGACAGUGGGAGUGGAGGUUAAGAAGGAAGAAGAGAACAAGAAAGGGAAAAACAACAAGCGAAAAGGAAAGCAAAACUCUGAAUUGUCUAAGAAGCAACAAACGAUGUCUUUCCAUGCUGUAACACAAGCUACUGCCACACCACAUGCUCCAGCCUCAUUCACGCCAAAUGCUUCCAAGCAGUACUCGGGAAAUCUCCCCAAGUGUAACAAAUGCAACUUCCACCAUCACGGGGAGUGCAGAGAGAUGAGUUGCGCAAGGUGCAAUCAGAAAGACCAUACAACGAAGUAUUCUAGGACUCAACUUCAACAUAACCAGACGACAAACAACAACAACAACAAAAACAAAAACAACACCAAUACUGGAGCUAUUUAUACCUGUUACGAAUGUGGGAAAACUGGGCAUAUCAGGCGAAACUGCCCCAAUGCGAACAAUCAAGUGACAAGAGCAAUAGGGAGAGUACUGACAAUGGGUUAG